AUGCUGUUUCCCGAAAGCACACGAGUGUUCGUGUCGUUCUUCGUGUUCGGACUCCUCAACAACAUCCUCUAUGUGGUGAUCCUCUCGGCAGCUAUCGAUUUGGUGGGCUCUUCCACCCCCAAAGCCGUGGUUCUUUUGGCAGAUAUUAUUCCAUCAUUUACCAUCAAGUUGACUGCGCCGUUUUUUGUCCAUCUCCUCCCGUACCAGACCAGGAUUUGGCUGUUGGUGGGUCUCUCGUCUGUGGGAAUGCUUGUGAUCAGUUUGUCCCAUGCCAUUCCCUUGAAAAUCGUGGGAAUCGCGUUGGCAUCCUUAUCGUCAGGGUUGGGUGAGAGCACUUUCUUGCAAUUGACCCACUUCUACCGAGAAGAGUGGGCUAUUGGAGGGUUCUCUAGUGGUACAGGUGGUGCCGGUCUUUUUGGCAGCUUUUUGUUCAUGUUCAUGACCAAUGUGUUGGGAAUGAAGGUGUGGGUUGUUUUGUUUUUGUUUUCGGUAGCACCCUUCGGGUUCAUUGGGGUAUUCUACGGGGCUCUUCCGAAGCCAGAAGCCUCGAGUGGGUUUCCUGGAUUGGAUCUCGAAAGGCCUUCGUCGUCUUACCAAUUUAUCGGGUCAGAUCCAGACAUUUCUGCGGAAGAAGAAGCUGCAUCGGGCUCCAUAACAACCACGGCACACGUCAUGGCCACCAUCAACAAAAUCAAGCCGCUAGUUCUUCCGUACAUGGUGCCUCUCAGCUCCGUUUACAUCUCGGAAUACGUGAUCAACCAAGGCAUCUCACCCACGUUAUUGUUUCCCUUGGAAGACUUACCCAGGUGGCUAUUCUCCUCGUACAGGGAUAUAUACGUGGUUUACGGAUUCCUCUACCAGUUGGGAGUGUUUGUGUCGCGGUCGUCAGUCAAUUUCGGCAUUCGGAUCAAGAAUUUGUAUUGGCUCUCCGCACUCCAGUUCUUCAAUGUGUUGAUCACAUUGUGUCAGUCGACCUACGAUGUGCCGUUCAGUCUGAUCUGGCUCUUGUUGGUGUUGGUGUUCUACGAAGGGCUCUUGGGUGGGUUCCUGUACAUCAAUACAUUUAUGUCUGUCAGCGAAGAAGUUCCGCUGUCCAGACGAGAGUUCAGUAUGGGAGCUGUUUCCAUCAGUGACAGUUUUGGCGUGGUGAUGGCAGGAUGCAUCAACUGGUGGCUCGAGGCGAAGUUGUGUGGGUGGCAGGUCCAGAGAGGCCGUGACUGGUGCAGGUACGGAGGAACUGCCUAG